AUGGACGAAUCUACCAACACCGAAAUUGCUCAGAGUCACGGGAAAACUCAACAAGAACAUCAAGAUGAUGCAUCCGAGAAGGACUUGGAGGCCACAGGAGACGAUGAAGACAUGACGCACGCUUCUGACAAUACAAGUCAAACCGGAACUGCGACAAAUGAAGACGGCAACACUGAUUCAAACAACGACGAUCCAAAAGCCGUUGGGGACACGUUUCAGUGGCCGGACCUUUCCACUUUUGAAACAAGUGACGACGAAAACCUGAGAAAUUCUGCUCGAGUCUUCCUCCGAAUCCAUCGGGAGGAAAUUGCGGAAAGAGACUCAGAAAUAGCCAAGCUGAAAGCUGAACUUGCACAGAUCCGAGAAGGAUUGAAAGGGGCGGCAGCGGUUGACGCGAACACCUCGCAUGAACAAUCUACAGACCAGGCUCAACCGGAGGGGAAAAGCGUUCUAGAGAAGCGUGACUCCGGAUAUUUCGAACUUCACGACGACGCUGACCAGCCAGUGAAAACGGCCGCAUUUCAAAGCACCAUCGUCCAGGAGCCAGCCAGCUUGGAAGCGUUUACACUCGAAUUAACCAAUGACGAACCAGAAAUUACGUUCAAGAAGAUCGAAGAGAUAUGGGGGUCGUGUUUUGAAGUUGUGAAAAAAGCCAUGGAGCAAGAUUUCUCAGAAGAGGUUCUUCAGCACUGGAGUGGCGAUAGUUGGCCUGAAUUGGAAGAAAGAAUCCCUAAUAUACGUGCAAUCCCUCUGGAAGGGUCAAAUAGUCCGGCCGCCAAGCACAUACGGACCAUGCUCGUCGCGGCCCUGUUAGCGCAGUCCUUGGAAGAAUACAUACUCACCCCCAACUACCUUCUGGAAGACGACGACGAGCUCAGAUACGUUCUCCGCGCCAUCAAUGAUACAGAGAAGAAAAAUUCUCUGAGAGGGAUGAUCCUUUCGAUAUCCGAAGACGAUGAUUGGAAAGAGACCGUCAAAGCCAAAAGAGUGGCAAGCGCCGUGGAAGAUGUUCUACAACCUCUUCAACGUUUACUGCCGGUAGAAAUACUGGGCACUUUCAAAUCGGAGUUGGAGGAAGUGAUUCGAAACGUUGUCUCGACAUGGGAGCCCUUGCAGCGAUGUAAAAAUCAUUACGAAGUCAACGCCGUGGCACAUCGGUCGAACUGGGAAUGGAAGUCGAUUCGAUGGAAUGAUGGGGGGAUCGAAUUUGAGACUGUCCAUUCAAGAACGUUUGCAGAUGAUGAAGGGUUGAUGGUCGUUUUCCCACGAGUCUGUGCGAUUGAUCGGUCGAAGAGGCCGUUCUUUACGCCAGUAUUCCCGGGAAUCGUGUUGCAACGGCCACAGACACAAUUGCAGUCCGAACCAUCCGCAGGAGAAGGAGCUGGAACAGAAGAAGCUGUAGUAAAGACGGAGGCAGAUCAGGACGAUCUCGCCGCGUCUAUGACGGCAGAAGUUGGAGUUAAAAAGGUGGAUGUAGAUACCUCUGAGCCAGUGGAAGCGGAAAUGGAGCGCCAACCCGAGGAAAUAGCCAAAGAAUUACACACAGCACAAAUUGAGGACCAGCCUGAGACAGUUGUCAAAGACACAAUCACCAUCCCGAAAACAGAACCAGCGCCAACGAUAGUCAACGAUCAAACGGAGGAAGAUGAGGAGGAAGAAGAUGAAAGCGACGAACAAUUUCAGCCAAUUUUGGAAAGUAUACCCGAGGAAGAAGACGAACAAGGAGGAAGCAAAGAACAGCCACCGUCAGUUCCUGUCCCCGGGUCAGAAAAGGAAAAUGUCCCUGUACCAAAUUCUGAGGCUGGAGGUGGAGACAAAGGCGAAGACAAAGACAAUACCGACGGACAUGAGGGAGACAGCUGA